GAUGACGCAAGCAGCACCGGAAGCCGCUCCCCUGUGAGGCUGCGUACCUAGAGCAGCGGCCGCAGGUCCAGGCGCCAUGGCUGCGGAGCGGACCCGGCCGCUGCGACGCUCUGGUGGCCCGAGCGCGCCUAAUCGGUGUGAGCCCGGCGCGAGGUCCCGGGCCCCGGGGCACUCGCUCAGGUAAAUAUUUCCAUAACCUUAUGGAGAGAAAGGACUUUGAGACAUGGCUUGAUAACAUUUCUGUUACAUUUCUUUCUCUGACGGACUUGCAGAAAAAUGAAACUCUGGACCACCUGAUUAGUCUGAGUGGGGCAGUCCAGCUCAGGCACCUCUCCAAUAACCUGGAGACUCUCCUCAAGCGGGACUUCCUCAAACUCCUUCCCCUGGAGCUCAGUUUUUAUUUGUUAAAAUGGCUCGAUCCUCAGACUUUACUCACAUGCUGCCUGGUCUCUAAGCAGUGGAAUAAGGUGAUAAGUGCCUGUACAGAGGUGUGGCAGACUGCCUGUAAAAAUUUGGGCUGGCAGAUAGAUGAUUCUGUUCAGGACGCGUUGCACUGGAAGAAGGUUUACUUGAAGGCUAUCUUGAGGAUGAAGCAGCUGGAGGACCACGAAGCCUUUGAGACCUCAUCAUUAAUUGGACACAGUGCCAGAGUGUAUGCACUUUACUACAGAGAUGGACUUCUCUGCACAGGGUCAGAUGACUUGUCUGCAAAGCUGUGGGAUGUAAGCACAGGGCAGUGUGUUUAUGGCAUCCAGACCCACACUUGUGCAGCUGUCAAGUUUGAUGAACAGAAGCUUGUGACAGGCUCCUUUGACAACACCGUGGCCUGCUGGGAAUGGAGUUCCGGAGCCAGGACACAGCAUUUCCGGGGGCACACGGGGGCGGUGUUCAGUGUGGACUACAGUGAUGAACUGGAUAUUUUGGUGAGUGGCUCUGCAGACUUCGCUGUGAAAGUAUGGGCUUUAUCUGCUGGGACAUGCCUGAACACACUCACUGGGCAUACUGAAUGGGUCACCAAGGUGGUUUUGCAGAAGUGCAAAGUCAAGUCUCUCUUGCACAGCCCUGGAGACUACAUCCUCUUAAGUGCAGACAAAUAUGAGAUCAAGAUUUGGCCAAUUGGGAGAGAAAUCAACUGUAAAUGUUUAAAGACCUUGUCCGUCUCUGAGGAUAGAAGUAUCUGCCUGCAACCAAGACUUCAUUUUGAUGGACAAUACAUUGUCUGUAGUUCAGCGCUUGGUCUGUACCAGUGGGACUUUGCCAGUUAUGAUAUUCUCAGGGUCAUCAAGACACCUGAAGUAGCGAACUUGGCCUUGCUUGGCUUUGGAGAUGUCUUUGCCCUGCUGUUUGACAACCACUACCUGUACAUCAUGGACUUGAGGACAGAGAGCCUAAUUAGCCGCUGGCCUCUGCCGGAGUACAGAAAAUCAAAGAGAGGCUCCAGCUUCCUGGCAGGGGAAGCAUCCUGGCUGAAUGGACUGGAUGGGCACAAUGACACGGGCUUAGUCUUCGCCACCAGCAUGCCUGACCACAGUAUUCACCUGGUCUUGUGGAAGGAGCACGGCUGAGCUACCCUCGCUGACUGACUUUGGGUGCCAGGGCUGCGGGUUUUGGGUGCAACGUCUGUGACAGCCAACUGCAUGAACCAAAGUUCUCACCUAAAGGUAUCAUCACGCAGUGCACAAUCACUUAUCUCUGUUUGCCAGGGGCCAGGGCUGGGGCGGGAGGGCUUGUUUUACUGACAUACACCGCAGCAUGCUAAUGAGGUACACCAUUGACUUACUUCAUUUGUACUUAGUUACGUUGGUCAGUAUAAGAGGUUGCAUUUUUGGAUUUAUCUUUCUGAGUGGACUAUUGAGUAAAGAAAGUUAAAUGAUUCAUUAAAUCUGCUAAAUGGUUGCCUAUAAAAUCA